AUAUAUAGCCUGCCACGAGUUAGCGGCGAAUUUGGAGAGUGUCCAUUUUGAGCAGCGGGUCGGCGUCUCCGGUAUUUUUUCCCCCACAAAUUUCUUUAAGAGCCCACCGUCAGAAUGGCAGACGCUGAGAAUCUCCUCAUGGAGACAUCGGACCAGAACGGCAACGAGGAGGAGGAAGACCAGAACGGAGCCGAGCAGGAGCUGAUGGCCGGAGAGGAGGAGGAGGAGGAGGACUGCCAGGACGGCCUGGACAUCCAGGAGGACAUCCCGGAAGACAUCCAGGAAGACAUCCAGGACAACGGCGCUGAAGGGGCCGAUGGGGCAGAUGGUGCUGAAGUCGCAGAAGGAGGCGAGGGUGUCGAGGGUGCGGAUGGAGGAAAGAUUGACGCCAGCAAAGGAGAGGAGGAUGCUGGGAAAAUGUUCGUGGGCGGCCUCAGCUGGGACACGAGUAAAAAGGACCUCAAGGAUUACUUCAGUAAGUACGGCGAGGUGUCGGACUGCACCAUCAAGAUGGACUCCAACACCGGCAGAUCCCGAGGCUUCGGCUUCGUCCUCUUCAAGGAGGCCGCCAGCGUUGAAAAGGUUCUAGAGCAGAAGGAACACAAACUGGACGGACGUCCGAUCGACCCCAAGAAGGCCAUGGCCAUGAAGAAGGAGCCCGUCAAGAAGAUCUUUGUCGGGGGGUUGAACCCAGAGGCGACGGAGGACGCCAUCAGGGAAUAUUUCGGGGCCUUCGGAGAGAUCGAAACAAUCGAGCUUCCCAUCGACCCAAAAUCGAAGAAAAGGAGGGGUUUCAUCUUCAUCACCUACAAAGACGAAGCCAGCGUCAAGAAGUGUCUGGAGAAGAAAUACCACACCAUCCAGGGCGGCAGGUGUGAGCUGAAGAUCGCCCAGCCAAAGGAGGUGUACCAGCAGCAGCAGUACGGGACGGGGCGCGGUGGCGGAGGAGGUGGUGGUGGAGGUUAUGGAGCCCGAGGAGGCAGAGGACGUGGAGGUCAGGGUCAGGGCUGGAACCAGAGCUACGGAAACUACUGGAACCCGGGAUACGGUAACCAGAGCUACGGCUACAGUGGAUACGGAGGCUACGGCGGCAACUACGACUACUCUUCUGGUUACUAUGGAUACGGUCCCGGAUAUGACUACAACCAGGGCAACGGCAGCUACGGGAAAACUCCAAGACGGGGGGGACAUCAGACCUACAAGCCAUACUGAUGAUCACAUGACAGCGCAAGGACUCCAGUGAUCCAGUGAGACCGACUGCUGGAUGGACACACUGGGCAUGACUCGACCUCUUUUAUGACAGAAGACCAUUUGUACAGAAAACAACCGAAAUGUAACUUUUUUUUUUUUUUAUCCUAUCAUUUUUAGGUUUUACUUUUCCCUUUGGUGUUUUUUUUUUUUUUUUUUUCUUCGUCCCCCUUCCACAUUUCCAUCAAUGGAAGUGUAAUUUUUACUGUACUUUUUGGUACCUGUUUUGAUUCUAAUGUAUUGUAAGGCUUGUAUUUUACAUGUUUGCUGGCUUUACAGGUUGAAAUCUUGGCGCUGUAAAGGAGCUUUUUUUGACAAAAAAUAAACAGUUUUCAGUAAUUUUUUUUUUUUUUUUGGGGGGGGUUCUGAUGCUUCCAGGUUUCGGUGGUGGAAGAUAAGAAAGUAGUUGGAACGGGUUUAGGACUUAAAAUUCAGUUGUCGACAUGUUUUUGUUUUUUUUCUUGGUCUUUUGUCGCCACACAAUCCAAUGAUCAAUAAUGAAGGAAUGUGAAGCUCAACACUUUUCACGUUCCCUCAUUUGGUAUCCCCCUCUGUUUAUGUGGAAUCCAGUGUACCAAGAUAAUUUUAACUCUUACAAUUCCUUAAAUUUUCAACAACUGCCUGCACGCUUAUUUCUUCCAGGUCGUUCUGAAUUCACAAAGGUAUUAAAACGUCUGGAAAGCAUACAGAUGAAUGGGAUGUAAUGGGGAGGGGGCGGGGCUUAAAACAACUAUUUGACCUCAUGCUACUGUGGCAUGACUUCCUGUUUAAAUCUACAUACCUUUAUACAUAACAAGCAAACAAUUGUUUAAGUUUCUAUGCUGGUUUAGUUUUGUGUUUUGUCAAGUGUCACUGGUUUUUUAGAAGUAACCGCUUUGAAGUUUAAAUGUCUGCUUAGGUUUUUUUUUGUUUUGUUUUUUGUCUUUAAAGACUUUCAGACCACUGGAGUCUCCUCAGCUAGUGUCUCUGGCAAUUUAUUAGUAAUAAACAUUCUCGUUUGUAA